AUGGUCUGGGAAAGGUUAUUGAGGAUAGGUAUUUUGAGAUCAACACCUUGGCUGGUUGUUGGCGAUUUUAAUGAGUUAACAGGGAAUCAUGAAAAACGAGGGGGUAAACUUAGACACGCAGCAUCUUUCCGUUCAUUUAACGGGAUGAUCCAGGACUGCGGUCUCUUGGAAUUUCCUUAUCUUGGUGAUUACCUGUCAUGGAGGGGCUGGCAUGAUAAGAAACCAAUUCGGUGUAGGUUGGAUCGGGCCUUAGGUACGGAGGAUUGGCAUGAUCAGUUUCCGGAUACAGUAACAGAUUAUUUGCCUAUGAUCGCCUCAGAUCAUAAACCUCUGGUGGUUAGUAUUGGGGUCAAACGGCCGCGUGGUCAACGGUGUUUUAUGUUCGAUAGGCGUUGGAUUGGUAAAACAGGUUUGAUGGGGGUUAUUUCCGAGGGUUGGGGAGCUGAUGGUGAUCAGGAUACUCCUACUUUGGUGGCCAAAAUAGGAAACUGA